GAGCUCUGCUCUGAAACUCUAUUUGCGAAGCAGCCUCGGAGAGUAGCCACAAUGCGGGUUGACGCGUGUGAUGCGGUAUUUGUAAGGAAAUUCUAUUGUGAGAAACACCUGCUUCUGUGAACAAGUUCCACUCUGUGUGCGCAUUAAAGAUGGCCGGACAAUUCCGAAGCUACAUAUGGGAUCCAGUCCUUAUCGUCUCCCAGAUUUUUUUAAUGCAGUUAAUCUACUAUAGCUUUUUGGGACUAUGGAUUGCAGUGCUGGACUUGGUCAUUCACUACAGCCCUUCCCUUGAUCAGAUAUUUAAUGAUGAAAUUUUAGGAUUUUCAUCAGUUCCCGGGCGGGUCUCAAUGAUGGCUUUUAUAAUGAAUUCGUGGACAUGUGCUUUGGGCCUAUUGUACUUUAUCCGCAGAGGAAAGCAAUGCUUGGACUUUACGGUCACAGUUCACCUGUUCCACCUGUUUGGUUGUUGGAUUUAUACCUCCCACCUCCCCUAUACAUUCACCUGGUGGCUCCUUAACAUGGUCUGCAUUGCUUUAAUGGCAGUGAUAGGGGAGUAUUUGUGCUUGCGAACUGAACUUAGUGAGAUUCCGCUUAAUUCAGCACCAAAAUCCAAUGUGUAGACAUUUUACUUCAUUUUACGUUUACAGGAAACCUUUCCAGAAUUUCUAACACUUCAGUAUUCUUACAUUUUUCCAUUGGUUGACAUCCCAACAGCUUUUAAGACUGAUAUGUGGACUUUCUCUGAACUAAAAGCCGCUCCUGAAUGGACAUAUAACAAUACGGAUCCUGAGUGUUCCCUGCUUAAGCUGGCCAUACAUGAAGAGAUCCACUCAUCUGGAGACAUCGCCAAACGAGCGGACCUUUCCCCAAUAUGCCCACCAACGGCACGGCUAUAUCGAGGUAAUCCGAACAUUCCCUAGGGCUGAACGAUUGGAUUACAACGACGAGCAAUGGGCUCCGACAGGUUGGUCGGUGGAAAAAUCAAACCUUCCUGUCGAUAUCGUGGCCAGAUAUAAAUCAGGAAGACCCGUCGGACGCCCCCAUACACGGGCAGAUAAAUUGCCAAAUUGGUCUAAAGGAGCGAUAUCUGCAGCUUUAUCUGCCCAUAUAUGGCCACCUUAACUCUGAACAUACACAUGGAUACAGAGUUUCUGUGUGCAUCUUUUGUUUUACCACCCAUUCACAGAAAAUAUUCAUUUUGGUCAAUAUAUUUCCUUAAAGGAUAAAUCUAUUUCUGUUUCAGCUAAUUUAUUAAAGUAACAAAUUUCCUAUCUGGCAAUGACAAAAAUAUAGAUAAGCAAACGCACACCUAAUUUGCAGGGAUUUAAAAAAUAUAUAUAUAUAAAUAAAGCAGUAUCAGGACAGGAAAAGAGAACUGAAUUUGUAUUCACGUGAGAAAGAUUGAGGUGAGGGUGGAAACUUUACAUUUAUUUAUACUUUUCUUGCACUUUGAACCAUUUUAGAAAAUAUAUGUUUUGUAUAUGUACCAGCGUAUGUGUAUGGAGCCCCAAACUGUGGCUUUUCAAACUGCAACUUACAAUGUCAUAAGCCAGGGAUUGUCCUGACCAUUGGAAAAAUAUUUGUCUUCUUCUAAGUAAAACAAUAAGGAUCCUG